GUAAAAGUGCUUUGAGUGCAUCUGAAGCUAAUUUCAACAAUUUACUAAUAUCCUUGAUAGUAGUUUAAAAUCUAAGCUAAUUAAUAUCAUCAGAACUCACUUUAUCUGUUUGAUUAAGUUUAUCUAUUUCAUUGGCACUCAUCGCUAUUGUUGAACAACUACAGCGAUGUCAAAUCUUAGAGAAAGGAUUGAAAAUAAAACUAAAAUUGCUAUUGAAGCUAAGGAUGCUUUUUACUUUGAAUCACAGAAUGAACUGCUCAGUUAUCAGGAUGUAGACUUCCAAUUAACUAUUUGUCCCGCUUUGUUACAGAAACCUUCAAAUCCACCACCUGGCGUCAACGGUGAUACUAUCGAUAUCCCUUCAAAAAGACAGCGUAAUGAAAGCUCAGAAUCGAAGUCACAGAAGGAUGUAUUUGCUCCACCAUACAAUGAGAAUCUAUACGUUGACGAACUUAACGAUUCUCACGUAUUAUUGUUAAACAAGUACAUGGUGACCCUGAACCAUUUCCUUCUCGCUACUAAAGAAUUCAUACCUCAGACAUCACCACUUUUACCUUCAGAUUUACUAGUUGCUAGGAAAGUUAUACUAGAAUACAGAAAAACCGGACAAGAUCUAUUAUCAUUCUUCAACUGCGGUGAGAAGAGUGGUGCUUCACAACCACAUAAGCAUAUUCAAUUCAUACCAUUGAAAGAAACAUUACCAAUUGAGAAACUAGCAAACAAUAUAAAUAUCGAUAACGAAUCAAAGUUCUUCUCUAUUGAUAAGUUCCCAUUCGCUAACUUCGGUAUUAAACUCUCAGUUUUAGCAAACGCGCCAUCAGACGAUGAACUUGAAGCUGAAUUAGCUAACAGAUUCAUGACCCUUUUAGAUGCACAAGCGGAUACUUUUAGAAGAUUAGAAGAAGGUCCUCCUUCACCUCCAUUUAGUUAUAAUGUCUUGAUGACACAUGAUUAUCUCUUCAUUAUACCCAGAUCAAAGGAAAGUGUGGCUAUUGAAGCUGCAAAUGGACAUGAGGGAUGGAAUAAAUCACUCAAUUCUCUAGACUACGCAGGUUUAAUGUUACUUAGAAGACCGGAAGAAAAGCUGGGUAUAAGUAAUCCACUGGAUAUACUACUCCAAGCUUCCUUCCCUAGAGUACACCUCCCUGAACCAGUUUAUGAAGCCGAUCCUGGAAUGUUACAAUGAGUUUUGUUUGACUUUCUACAAAAUAAAAAAUACAUGAUUUUUGAGAACGAACCAGUGUUAAGAUCAAGAGUCAUACAUUUAUUUAUUUACUAUACAAGUAAUUUCAAGAC